UCAUGUUCGGCUUCAUUUAUCUUAUCAGUUGGCUCGACAAUGACAAGAUCGUGCUAUCUGCCAGCAGCCACUGACAGCUCUUACCCGCUUCGCCGAAUGCAUUUGGUAUCAUUUGUGACAACGCUCUCAGCACACACAGAUGUCCAUGCCCAUCGAUGCAGUUCCGCUCGUUGGCUGAUUCCCUUUGGCAGGCAGUACGCAAUAUGCUCCAGCUGCCCGACGUGCUAGCUUUGUGCUGCCUGUGGGGCAGCGGCUUCUCGCUGGGCUACUAUCUGAAGUCCGCCUUGGUCUAUGACAAUCUGUGGCCACAUUGGUAUGCUCUGUUAGCUGGCAUUAUGGCGCUGGCCCUGGCCCUCGGCUGGACACUGCGCAAGCAUGGCAAGCAGCGCUAUAGCUUUGAUCAUUAUUACAUCAUCUUCUAUGGGCUGCUGUGCUCGCUGCUGGGCAGCUGCUUCAUGCUCAGCAAACAGUUGGCGGUUAGCUACUACUUCAGCUUCAUUGGCUUGAGCGUGGUCUAUUUGGCCAGCUUUAGCUAUGUGAGCCUGCGCAGCGAUGCUUCGGGCUUGCGCCCGGCGAGGAUUGCCAUGGGCAACGCUUCACAUGCCUGCGGCCUGGUCAUUGGUUUUGUCAUCUUCAACGAGUUCGAGCCGCAGCGCUGCGGGCUCAUCGAGCUGGGCAUCAAUUUGCUGCUGCUGAUGUUCGUGCUCAUCAAUGAGUUGCUGCAGCAUCUGGGCGUGCACAACUACAAGCAGUCACGUGACUUGGUCUUCAAUCUGCUCAACGAGGAACGUCUGGUCUUUUUGCCACGCCAGGCCAUUUUGGCUCAGUUUGUGGACCGCCAGGACUAUCGGCUUCAGCGUAGUCGCCAAUGGCUUGUCCUGCUGCUGGGCGGACUUGUCUUGGUGAUACAACGCUGCUGCCUGCUGCACUCGCCUGUCCACCUGCAGCUCAUGUGGACCUCCACUACGGUACUUAUGCAAGGCGCCCAACUAUUCACACCAUUUGCUCUGUAUGCCGGCGGCUGUGCUCUGAGUGCCCUCUUGCUGCUGCGCUACACGCCAAAGCUCCUGUAUUUGCUGAUGGGCGUCAUUCAGCUGACGCUGGUAGCUGCCCUGCUUUGCAUCUAUGAUGAGGAUCAAUCGGAGCAUUCUUAUUUGUUUCUGUGCCUCAUCUAUGCCUGCGUGGGCAUGCUGUCCAGCCAGGCCCUACACUGGCUGCUGGAAUGCUCGCCAUUUCUCUAUGCAGAGCUGUCGCUGGCCGUGGGCCUUGUGCUGCAGCUGGCCAUAAUGGAGGCCAGCAAGUACGAGGUGGGCGUGGAUAAUGUGUGGACAGCGCUGUUGGCCAGCAGCCUGACAUAUCUACUGCUGACAUUGUUGGCCAUCAUGUUGGUGCUCUGGCUACAGCCGCGCUCCGCCAGUUUGGUUGACGUGCGCAACCGUCUGCUGGGCAUACGACGCCUCAAUCUGCCAGCUGCCCAGACCCAGUUCUGGCACACCAAUCACUUUCUCGCCCACAACAAGCAGCCCCAUGAGCUGCAGUCCGUUCAGCUCGACAAGUCGCGCGUCUUUCAACAGUUUCCAAUUAACUCCUACGCUGGCAAUGACAAAGCGAAUAAGUUUUGAGUUUCUGAAGGUUACGUCGUCAGUUAUGCACACAGACAACAAGCUAUAUCUAGACAUGUAUUUUGUAGUAAUAGAAUUCGAAGAAAGCCAAGUUUUAAAACUUAUGUUAACUUGGCAGAAUUUAAAAGAAAAAUUAUAUAAAAAGAAAACCACUUUAAUAUAUUC